AUGGAAACCCAGCAACCCUCUGCAAGCGAAAUCGUUCUCACGAUUCAGAACGUGAUCUCUACGGUUAACCUGGGCUGCAAAUUAGAUCUUCAUCAAAUCACUGUGAAGGCUCAAAACGCAGAAUACAAUCCCAAGCGUUUGCAUUCCGUGAUAAUGAGAACGAGAGAGCCAAAGGCCACAGUUUUGAUCUUCGCCUCUGGGAAAAUGGUGUGCACUGGUGCCAAAAGCGAAGGUGAGUCGAAACUCGCAGCUAGGAAGUGUGUACGAACCAUCCUGAAGAUGGGUUUCGACGCCAAGUUUAAGGAUUUCAAGAUCCAGAACAUGGUUGCCAACAGUGAUGUCAGAUUUCCGAUCAAACUUGAAGGCUUGGCUUAUGCGAACCCGCAGUGUACGACUUAUGAGCCGGAACUUUUUCCAGGCUUAAGGUACCGCUUGAAGGAACCCAAGAUUACUCUUCUUGUAUUCGCGUCGGGGAAUCUAGUCGUCACAGGUGCAAAGCGCAGAGAAGACAUCCAUAAGGCCUUUGAGGUCAUAUACCCUGCCCUUGGAGAGUUUAAGAAAGUAUGUUAUAGCAGUGUUAAAGGAAGAAAAUAUGUUGCUGAUAUAUUGCUGAUUCGUUGCUGGCGUGAUUGA